UUGGUGAGCAGAAGCUCCGCCUCCCAGGCAGUUCGGCCCAGAGCAGUUGCGCGGCAUUCGCUCGUCUUGCUUUCCGCCGCUUCGCUUAGGCGGUGUCCGGGAUCAUGCUGCGGGUGUGUCAACGCGCGGGGAGCGCAGCGGCUCAGAAUUGUCUGUGUGGUAAAAGUUCACUCCGUCCAUUACGUCAGAGUCGUGGAUAUGCUACAUCUGGAGAAUCUGGUGUCUCUACAGGCAAAAUCAUUGGUGCCAGUGUUUUGUUUGUUGGUGGAGGACUGGGUGGAACUAUUUUAUAUGCGAACUAUGAUCCACGCUUCCGAGAAAACGUAGAGAAGACCAUCCCUUAUUCCAGCAAUUUUUUUGAAAUGGUACUGGGCCCUCCAUAUGUUGUUCCAACACCAAAGAAGCCAAUUCAGCCAGGAAAAAUCACUUCUGUAACAGAAGUCACAAAAGAAUCUAAACAGCCUGCUCUCAAAUCUCCAAAGAGUAAAACAGAGGCUCCUUCAGCUGCUAGUGAAGAAAAAGAAGCAUGUUCAGAAGUAGCUCAGAUAAUCUCAGCAACAGGUGAAGCUUUGUCAGUUCCAGCUCCAGGGAUGCAGGAGGAGGAACAUGGCAAAAGUCAUAUGCAUCUUGAAGGAAAACAGAAACCUCCUGACUUAGGCAAAGAACACAGCCCUGGAGAUUUAAGGGUUAUAAAAGAAAGGCCAGCUGAUGAGGUUGCUGCUCGUCUUGCACAGCAAGAUAAAGAAGAACAACAUAGGAUUUUGGCACUUGCAUCAUCCUUAGAAAGUGCUUUGAGUAGCACUGCUCGUGUCACCUUGCAAGCAAUUACACUCCAGGAGGCUGCUGCACAAGCUGUUAAUCUUCAUGCUCAAAAACUGAAAGAGGCCAUGGAUAAUUCAGAGGUUGCAAGUAACAAAAAGGCAGCUCAGUGGCGAUCUUUGGAAGAAGCACUGAAGGAUCGUAGGAGAGCUGUUGAUGAAGCUGCAGACGUCCUUUUAAAGGCUAAAGAAGAAAUGGAGAAAAUGAAAGGGGUGAUUGAUGGUGCCAAGAAGUCUCAGAUUCCUGGGGCCAAACCACAUAUCCUGACUGCAGAAGAGAAUCUUCAUCGUAUGAUAGUUGACUUAGAUAGUGUGGUCAAAAAGGUGCAAGCAGCUCAGUCAGAGGCUAAAAUAGUAACUCAGUACCAUGAGCUUGUAUCUAAAGCAAGAGAAGAAUUUCAGAGAGAACUGGAUAGUGUUACUCCAGAAAUUCAGCCUGGUUGGAAGGGGCUAAAAAUAACUGAUUUAGCUGGACAACUGACAGCAGACGACUUGAACUCUCUCAUUGCGCAUGCUCAUCGACGUAUAGACCAGCUCAAUAAGGAGCUGGUGGAGCUAAGAGUUCGAGAACAGCAGCACAUUGACUCAGCCCUGGAAAAACAGAAACUUGAAGACAAAAAGGCUUUUGAGUCAGCAGUGGCAAAGGCACUAGAACAUCAUAAAGCUGAAAUCCAACUCGAACAGGAGAAGAAGGUUGAAGAAGCCCAAGCAGUUAUGGAGAGUGAAAUGAGGACCCAGCUUCGCCGCCAGGCUGCUGCACAUGCUGAUCACCUAAGAGAUGUUCUUAGGAUCCAAGAGCAGGAAUUCAAACUGCAGUUCGACCAGAACUUAUCAGAAAAACUCAGUGAACAAGAAAUGCAAUAUAAACGCCUUGCUCAGGAACAACUUGACAACUUCACCCUGGACAUCAACACAGCCUAUGCCAGGCUGAGGGGAAUUGAGCAGGCAGUUGAAAGCCAUGCACUAGCUGAGGAAGAAAGCAGGAAGGCCCAUCAGUUGUGGCUUUCAGUUGAAGCUCUAAAGCAAAGCAUGAAAACUGCUUCUGGAGAUAACACUACUGAGCCACUGGAGGGUGCAGUAGAUGCUAUCCAAGCCAGCUGUUCUGACAAUGCCUUCACCCAGGCCUUAACAGCUGCCCUUCCCCCAGAAUCACUCAGUCGUGGAGUGUACACAGAAGAGGCACUGAGGGCACGUUUCCACACUGUUCAAAAGCUGGCUAAGAGGGUAGCAUUGAUAGAUGAAACAAGAAACAGCUUGUAUCAGUACUUCCUGUCCUAUCUGCAGUCCCUUCUUAUGAUUCACCCUCAGCAGCUCAAGCCACCUUCUGAAAUUGGCUCUGAAGAUCUAGACACUUUUAAAUUGCUCUCUUAUGCAUCUUACUGUAUUGAACAUGGAGACCUGGAACUGGCAGCUAAGUUUGUCAAUCAACUGAAGGGAGAAUCCAGGAGAGUAGCACAGGACUGGCUGCAUGAAGCUCGGAUGACCUUAGAGACAAAACAAGUGGUGGAUAUUCUCACUGCCUAUGCCAGUGCUGUAGGCUUGGGGACAACUCAGGUAGACUGAUGUAGGUCAGCUAUGGAAGACUGCUGUAUCUCCACAAGUAGUCCAGUGAAGUGUCAGAUUUCAAGCGUGUUGGGAAGGAAAUCAGAAGCUAGCUUUAAAGCAGUUCCAAACCAUACUGGGCUUUCAUGUCACUGGCUGAGAAGUGGCGCUCUAAUGUCCUAGUACUUUCCUAAAACUUACCACCUGUUGCAUUUGUACCCCACUUUUUCUGUCAUUUAUGAUAUCUGGAAUUUUCUGCAAAUUAAAAAAAAGAUGUUUCCAGGUAUUGAUCAGCUUUGUGAACCAACCAAAAUAAUGUUUAUACCCGCUAUUACUAAUUUGCCACUUGGUGCACUUAAAUAAAUUGGUGUUUAAAAAGAAA